AUGUGCCUAACGCCCAUGGGCCCACUCUUGGCGAGCAGCCGUAUCGGGAAGCAGAGGACCCCGUCCGGCUCCGUAGUUUACGUCGCUUUCGGCAGUUUUGCCGUGUUUAACAACAGUUCCGCGAGCUGGCGCUCGGGCUUUAGCUCGCGGGCAGGCUGUUUUGUGGGUCAGUGGGAGAUUGGAUUGAGGUUGAGGAAAGAUGAGAGUGGGAUAAUUGGGAGUGAAGAGAUUAAGGACAAGUUGGGAAGGGUUUUGGGUGAUUUGGGGUUUAAGGAAAGAGCGGCGAGUGUGGCGAAAGUGUUGGAAAGUGUACUCUUACAAGAAUUUGAUGAGAAUAUUUUAGCACAGCACCUAAAUAAAGCUAGUAGUUUGUUGGAAGAGUUGCACACAAUCACUUAUGAAGCAAAAACCAGUGAAGCCAAAACACAAGUAGUAUACAUGGGUAAACCACACGCAAUAGCCAUACCUUACCCGGCACAAGGCCACGUGCUCCUCAUGCUCGAGCUCUCCCAACGUCUAGCAAUGCAGCACGACAUCAAGGUCACAGUCGUGAACACCGACUUCAAUCAUGCACGUGUCAUCAAAUCAAUAUCUGAUUCAGACAAACUACAAGAAUCAGUUAACUUGAUCUCGAUCCCAGAUGGGCUGGAGCCAUGGGAGGACAGAAAUGACAUCAGCAGGUUAAGAGAAGGAAUGUGCCAGGUCAUGCUCCCGGAGCUUGAGGCUGUUAUAAAUAAAUUAAAUGGAAAAAAUUGUACUGAAGGCAGGGGAGACGACAAAGUGACGUGUGUUAUAGCUGACGGGUCGAUGACGUGGGCCCUUGGUGUGGCGGAUAAAGCCGGGCUUAGAAAAGUGGCCUGCUGGACAGUAUCCGGCCUGGCGGCAGCCUCAUUGUUGAGCAUACCAAAGCUAGUGAGUGAUGGGAUCAUAGACAGCCAUGGACGAAUCCAGAAGCACGAGAUGGUUCGGUUCGCGCCAGACUCGCCACCCAUUCAUUCAACCAACUUCAUAUGGGCUUCGUUCGGGUGCAAACCCACUUUCAACUCGAGAAAGUUCCAUUCACUACUAAAACUGGCCGACCGCCACAUUUGCAACUCGUCAUUCAGCUUAGAGACGGGUGUGUUCUCGGCAUAUCCAAACAUCACGCCCUUAGGACCUCUCCUGGCAAGCACCGGCCACAGGAAGUCAUUGGGCUAUUUCUGGCCGCCGGACCCCGCCAGCCUGGCCUGGCUCGACCGCCACCCGACUAAUUCCGUCGUGUACGUUGCGUUCGGCAGUUUCACCAGGUUUGGGAGAGAACAGUUUGAUGAGCUGGCACUCGGGCUCGAGCUCACGGGCAGGCCGUUUUUGUGGGUCGUGAGGGGGGAUACAGAGGAGACGUACCCGGAUGGUUUUAUGGAGAGGGUGGGAGAGAGGGGGCUGAUAGUGCGGUGGGCCCCACAGCAGCAGAUUCUGUCCCACCCGUCAGUCGCGUGUUUCGUGAGCCACUGUGGGUGGAACUCGACGGUCGAGGGGGUUGUGUGCGGUGGGGUGCCGUUUGUGUGUUGGCCGUAUUUCGCGGACCAGUUUCUGAACGAGACGUACAUUUGCAACGAGUGGAAGAUUGGAUUGAGGCUGAGGAAAGAUGAGAAUGGGAUUAUUGGGCGUGGAGAGAUUGAGGACAAGGUGGAAAGUGUUUUGAGCCAUAAGAGCUACAAGGAGAGAGCUUUGGAUCUUCAGAGGAAAACCAUGGAUGGCAUCAGGGGAGGGAAAUCUCAUGAGAAUUUGAAUGAUUUUAUUGAGUGGAUAAAACGAAACUGA